GCAGCAGUAUGCAGCCUCCCUGUUUCUUUAUGGGAGGAGCGGUGCGACUUCCCCACUUCUGCCCCCACUAUGUAGGCUACUUUUUUUUUCUAACAUCCCUGCUUACGUUUGACUGGCAUAGCCUAAUUUCCGCAUUCCCAAAUCCUCCCAGAUUGGGAUCACGUUUAAAAUCGGGCUGAUGCAACGAUUUCCACUUUUUAAAAUAUACUCUCGACCCUCGGCUGACCAGAAGAAAGGACAUUUGUUGCACCUGGGAUCAAAGUCAGCUGUGGUCACGACCGAGUCUGACACGAUGCCAGGACAAAUCCCAGAUCCCUCUGUCACAGCGGGCUCCCUGCCCAGCCUGGGCCCACUGGCUGGGAUCACAGCCACCACGCUGACUGACAAGCUCAAAUUUGGCGACCUCCAGGAGUUUGGGACAAUGCUAUCACCUCUGCAUUUCCUGGAUAGUCUGGGGAAGAGGCCUCUAAUAAUCAAAACUGAGAGAGACGAGGAGGAAGAGAGGAGAAAACGAAGGCGGGAGAAAAACAAAGUGGCUGCAGCUCGCUGUCGAAACAAAAAGAAGGAGAGGACAGAUUAUCUACAAAAGGAGUCGGAAAGGCUAGAGAUGUUAAAUUCCGACCUUAAAGCCCAGAUCGAGGAGCUGAAGCUUGAACGACAGCAGCUGAUCCUCAUGCUCAACCGCCACCGCCCCACGUGUAUUGUCAGGACAGACAGUGUCAAAACUCCGGAGGGUGAGGUGAGCCCCCUGCUGCAGCAGCUGGAGGCCAAGUGAAGGUUGUAGUGCGAGUUCCUACAGUUUACGAUUGGGAAGAAGCAACAAACUAGCAGCACUUACGUUUGGGGCCUCGGUCGUGGAGGAGAACCAGCCACUGAGCGCUACACCACAAAAUGUGGAUCCACUGUGCUUAGACACUGUUUUGGCAGUUAAAUCAAUCUUCUUUCAUAGUCUUUGUUUUGUUUUGUUUUUGUUUUUUAUUGUUCCUUCUUGCUUUUUCAUUUAUUCUUCAUUUUCGUCUUCACAGGUCCAGCCACAAUUAGUGUGAAAGUAAAGAAAAAAACACAGCACAACUUUUGGUAGAAUUACAAGCCACACACGAGGCAUUACUUUGAUAUAUUUCCAGUAAUUACACCUGUGUUUUAAUGCUUUUUGUUUUGUUUUUUUGUAGUUAACCCUAAAACAGAACUGCAUUCGAUCAGUCAGCUGCACAGAUGAUUAUUUGUUGCUGUGUGGGAUGAAACUAAGUCACUGUUUCCAUGCAGGGCAGAGGCGAUACCCCAAAGAGACAGUGUUUGUAAGUUAUCAGGCUACAAAUAGACAUCUUUGCAGCAUGAUGUGACCUUGACUGCCCUUCAAUUGUUAAAAUACAUGCAGGGAAUUGUAGAAAUAUCAUUGAAAUCUGUGGGGAAAUAGUUAUAUAUGUAUAGAAAAAUAACUACUGGAAUACAUUAACCAUCACAUACAGAUGAUUUUUUUUAUUUCUGUAUAAACCCACAGUCAAAGAAGCCUUUGUAUCGCAUAAAUAACCUCAAGCAUUUUUCAUUUGUUGCCACAGCAGCUGAACAUUUUUUCUUUAUUCCAUUGUUUUUUGGCGCAGGCGUCAUGUAUGCACAUAUAUAUAUAUACACAAGUGUUUACAUUGUACUUUAUUUUCUGUUA